AGUUAGCUAGGGUUCUUCAUCAAAAUAUCUUUGUUUCGCCAUUGUUUCUUCGCGGUCCAAUCGCGAAAAAAAGCUAUGGAUGUUAUCGACGUUGAUCACUACGUUGUUUUGAAUUUGCCCUCGGGUGAGAAAGGUUCAAUGCUUUCUCAACACGACAUAUCUAAAGCCUACAAAAAGAAGGCAUUAGAGUUGCAUCCAGACAAGAGGCCAAAUGAUCCUAAUGCUCACCUAGACUUUCAAAAGCUCAAGACCUCGUACGACAUUCUCAAGGAUGAGAAACUGAGGAAGUCAUAUGAUGAUCUAGUACGUCGCGUGGAGCAGCAGAAGAGCCAGCGAAGAGAGCGUGCUGCUGCUGCUGCUGCGCCUCAAGAAGAGGAGGAAAGAAGAAGUGCUAGUAGAAAGCGUAAACUUGACACUGCGCGAAUGCAUUAUUGUUAUUAUUCAAGAGAAGCGUACCGAAGAAUAGCCAGACGGAGAUUUAAUGAGGAAGCUGAUAGAGUUCCUGUGAAGCGAUAUUCAAUCAAAGUGGCGCGAAGAAAACUUAAUAAGGAAGCUGCUCAAAUUCUUUCCAUGUAUAAAAGGAAAAAGCUGUAAUGCUACAAUGUGUACGCUUUCUAUGUUGUCCUGGACUCAAAAUUAUUCAUGUAUUUACUAUUAGUUUUGUUGUCUA